UUGAGAUUAGUCUUGUUUCCUGUUUCUGAGAGUAGAGUAGUAUGUUUGUUUCAGAGGUACCACAUUCUUCUGCAACGGACACUAGAAAGCCUUGAGAACAAAAACGCUUUUGUGUAAAGAGUGAAGAACCUGUCUCUGUACCAACCUUCCACUGAGUUGAGAACAUGACAACAACAGACUAUCCUGACUAUAAUGAUUAUAAUGGAUCCUACCCAAUGGUGGACCUAAGUGACUUUGUGCCAUGCGAUGUGGGCGAGACCUGGAAGCUCAUCCGCAGGUUUGCACCCGUGGCUUACAGCGUGGUGUUCGUGCUGGCACUGGUGGGCAACAUCCUGGUGCUGUGUGUGUUGCGGCGCUACCGGCAGGCCCAGCGCGGGCCCUGCUCCUACUCGCUGACCGACACCUUCCUCCUGCACCUGGCCAUCUCCGACCUGCUGCUCGCCUUCUCGCUGCCCUUCUUCGCCGUGCAGUCGGCAGACAAGUGGGUGUUCGGCAAGGUCACCUGCAAGAUAGUGGGCGCCAUGUUCUCACUCAACAUCUACUGCGGUAUCCUCUUCCUGGCCUGCAUCAGCUUUGACCGCUACCUGGCCAUCGUGCACGCGGUGAGCACCGGCUGGAGGCGCAACAGCUGCCACGCCCAGCUUGCCUGUGCCGUCAUCUGGACGACGUGCCUCGGCCUGUCCGCCAUUGACGUGCAGUACCGCCAGGUAGGGGAUGUGAACGGCGUGGAGGUGUGCAAGAUGGAGUUCCCGAAGGAGUCCUCCAAGCAGAUCAUGGUGGGGCUCCAGCUGUUGAACCUGCUGCUGGCGUUUGCGCUGCCCUUGCUGGUCAUGCUCUACUGCUACAUGCGCAUCUUCCGCGCCCUGUGCCACACCACGCGCCGGCAGAAGCGCAAGUCCCUGCGGCUCAUCAUCUCGCUGGUGGUGGUGUUCGUCAUCUCCUGGGCGCCCUUCAACUGCUUCCGACUGGUGGAGAGCCUGGCGAUGCUGGACCUCUUCAAAAAGGACUGCAAGAUGGCCCACGUGCUCGACAUCGGCACGGUGGCGGCGGAGAGCCUGGGGCUGGCGCACUGCGCCCUCAACCCACUGCUCUACGGCUUUGUGGGCGUGAAGUUCCGCCGCGAGCUGAGCCAGAUGUGCAAGGUGGCCCUGGGGCCCCGGGGAUGCCAGGAGCUGGGCAACUGGUGGCAAGGCUCGAGGCGCCGCACGGCUGGGUCCUUCAGCUCAGUCGAGAGCGAGAACACGUCCCGCUUCUCGAUCAUGGUCUGACCUUUGACCCUGACAGAUCAAAAGACGACAAGAGAGAAGUGGAAGAGAACGGAGGAUGAGAAAAGAAAAAAAAGAGAAAUGAAGGUUGGAGGGUUGAGAGAAGUGAGAAAGAGAAUGAAAUGUUCUGCGGGCGAUUUAACAUCUAGAUAUGAGAGCUAAAACUUGUUUGUUGUAAAUGAAUGAUGAAGGAACAUACAUAAUGUCUAACAUGGCUGAGGGAUCACAGUAAAUUGCAACUUCCAGCUUACAUUUUUAUUUACAUUAAUCUCCACAUUUUGAGAUUGCUUUCUGCUUCCACACUCUGCUUUUUUGCAUUGCAUGCAGAAAACAAAACAUGAAAACCCUUGUCACAUUUGAAAACAUUUUACCAUCAGUCAUGGUGGCUUUCCACAACUGCAAGAUUCUUGUCACACAUAUUUGUCUCCAAAGUUGCCUUUGGUCAGAUAGUGUCCCACAAGUUCAUUGGUGGUUGAUUAAAUGUUGCUGGCGAGGUAGCCGUAUCAUACUUCCUUAACAGCAUAACACCUCUGCCGCAGGAAACUGAAGAGUUCACAUACACGCUGCAAUCAUAACCACAGAGGCUUUGACCUUAUAAAACAUAUCUGAAGUUAGCAAUGAGUGUUGGUUGAGCAGAUUAGCUGAGAGAGCUAACGGCUAGCACGCGGUGUUGUCUGUCCAGUCCCGCUCUCCAGCAGUAUUACAGCAGUCUCAAAUCUCUUCCUCCUCUAACAUUCCUCAUUAAAUGUCCCCUAGACUCAUCCGAAGUUCUGUAACUCAAGCACAAUAUUCAACAUCCAGAAGAGCAUUAGGUCUACUUCCAAGGUCCUGUUAGAAAAGCCCUUUCCUGUACAUGGACCCUUUGUGAAGAAUGUGAAUAGUCUUAUUUUUAAAUACACUCCUGUGUCUGUGUCUUAACACACAUUGCUCUGAACCUAGCGUUUUAACCUAGAAUGUGAACCACAGUGUAGGGCAAGUGAUACAUUUCACCUCAAUUCCUCAAAGCAGUUUCAUGUAUGUAAUUUGUGUUUUUCUUUACAUUAAAUAGUUUUUCUUUAGAUUCAUGUUUCUUGUCACUGUUUCUGUUAUUGUUCUUCUUCCUCAUUGGAGUGUAUUACUGAGUUGAUGGUUCUACUAUUCCACACACACACACUAUUAUUAGUGUAUACUAUUCCUGUUAGGGGUUUCACAGGAAAUAUGUUUUCCAUCGAGGUCAAAGAAAAGUGGUUAGAAAAAGACGAUAGGACUUGAUAGGACAUGAUGCAGCUGGCAGUUGACACACUUACAUUGAACGUCAGUCAACACUUUCUCCUUCGGGCCUGCAGCAACACGUCAGCAAUACAGUAGAAAUUCACUGGCCUAAAUAAGCAGCAGCAGGAGAGGCAUCAUGGUCAAAUAACUGACUUCCCCUGUGCUUUCAACUUAAACAAUACAGAGAUACCAUACAAGAUUCAAAUAAUGCAAAAUCUGAAAGGACCCUUAUGUGAUAUUGCACCCAUCAGACCUGAAAUAUUUUGUAUUGUUGUUUAUCUAUUUGUGUUCAACUUGUAUAUAAAUGAUGCUGUGAACCUGGUGUCUGAUUGUGCUAGUUCUAGAUCUGUUGUAUUGCCAGUAACAUAAAUAAAUAAAGUCAGCAGCGAGAA